GUUCAGCGCACAGCAGCGCGCCGAGACACACGGGCAGGCGCAGGGGAGGCGUCCGCGCAUCGCACGCGCAAGAGACAGCCUUCUCGGCGGCGACCAGGACAGCGAAUUGUCCCUGGGCAGCCCUCUCACCACAUUGUCCGCCAGAGACAUGACAACAUGAUGCUAGGGCAGCCCGAAUCCGUGCCGCUGGCAAGAUCGGAGGACUCAUUCUCCGACGACGGAUUACGCAGCGAGCCCUCAAUGGGCUCCCUGCAGGAACUGGAGUACGUCGACCGCUGGCCCAGCGAGGCGCCCCCGCCACCCGACGACGGCCCGCGGACGCCACGCAUCGGGCCCGCGCUCUCACUGGACGAGGACGACGACGAUGCCCGCGUCGUCGAGACAGUCGACCUCACGACGCCGCCGCGUCGCCGCGAGAAGCGCAUCACCGGCAAAGCCCGGGCGUCGCGGGUCCACGCUGUGACGCCACCCGCGGGGCCGGACGCCGUCGCGCCGUUUACUUUUUGCAGCGCAUUAUCUAUCGGCGACUUCGCGGCGCCCGUGGCCGGCAGCCCCGCGCGCAGCGUCGCGUCGUCGGGCGCGGCGACGCCGACGCGCGCCGUGACGCCCGGCACGCCGGAGUCGCCGGUCGACGAGGACCCGCGCGGUUGGCGGCGGGACGCGUCCUCGUCCGAGGAGUCGCUCGUGAAGUUUGAGGAGGAGGCCUCGCUCGUGGGCCGCUACCUCGGCUGUUCCGUGGCCGCGCGCUUCGAGGUCGCUGCGUCCGACAGCGACGCCGAGCCGCCGCUGCCCCCGGCGCCGCCGGAGCUGCCGCGGUCCCCCUCCUCGAAUUUGGACCUGUGGCUCGUCCGGCGAGGCUUGGGGAAAUAUCUGGACGCCGUCGCGGCCCUCGGCGCGCGCCGCGUCAGCGACCUGGUUUUUAUUGAUGACGACGACCUUGAUGCCUUGGGCAUGACGCCCGAGGAGCGGGCUGCCAUACGGAUACACGUCGCGUGUUGACUCGCCCACUACUGGGAAUAAAUGAAUUGAUAUUA